AUGUCACGCCAUUUAGCCUCAUCGACGGCUGCCCGCUGGUUAUCCCAAACACAGACGUGUCGGCUCUUCUCAACUUCCCGACCUGUUUUGCGCCUCUCCGCAUUCUCCGGCGGCGAAGUCGUUCCUCGACGGCCAAGCAUUAUCGCAAGUGGUACGCCUCUCCUCAAACGCUCAGCACCUCAACCUUCAAAGUCUUGCUAUAUCCGCCAACAACGUGCAUGUUUUUCGUCCUCGUCCGUCCACCAGGCGACCAAGGUGACACAAAACCCGAGAACCGGAGAUGAUGGACAAUUCCUCAAGAUUAAUAUUUCGUCACGGGCUGUGGAGAUGCCCUUCCAAGUACAUGCGACCAUAGGGUGUGGAAAACAGGGCUUCCCGUCCGCUCAGCCGUACUUAAGCCACACGCCGCGUCUCCGUGAGAUCACAGAUCCGACAUCCUCUCCCUCUGCCAUCAAGGAAGAGAAUCCAUACCACCAUCUUCGCAUCACAGUCACCAGCGGCGGAUGCCAUGGUUUCCAAUAUAUGAUGUCCCUAGAGGGGGCUUCCAAAAUUGACCCAGAAGAGGAUACUGUGUUUGAAGGAGAAGUGGAUGCUUCGGAAGCUGCAACAGAGUCAGCCGGCGAAGCCAAGGUCGUUAUGGAUGAGCCCUCGCUCGAGCUGCUGCACGGCAGCACUGUGGACUAUACCACCGAAUUGAUCGGGAGCCAGUUCAAGAUUGUGGAUAAUCCCCGCGCCACAAGUAACUGCGGCUGCGGAACAAGUUUCGAUGUCAGUGAUUGA